AUGUCGCCAAAUACAGCUCAGGAUGAUCUUUCGGUUGGGGAUGUGUUCAGCCCCCAGGCUGAUAUGUGCCACUCGAAAAUUGAAGAGGAGUGCAACACUGUCAGCCAGCAAACCGGAUUUCGGAUGAGUGCGCGCAGCCCGGAACGCAGACCCGGCCUAUUUACAAAAUCGGACACGAACCCGCUGACCGCGAAAGGCGACAGACGCAAGAAAAAGAAGAAGCAGGCUCAAAUCGAUGCAGGGCCGGCUCUGUCCACUGUCCGUGGGUUCACACCUCGAGGCUCUGGCGAUGAAGACUCGGAUUUCUCAACAACGAGCUCUCGCGCCACUAGUACUCAACCGCGGCCUCUGGCUGGAAGUAAUGGUGCCAGCCCCAUGCUGCAGCCGGUUUCUGGAGGCGGUAUCAGUGCUCUACGGCUUCAGCUUGAAUCUAUGGAUCUUUCUGGGAACUCUUCUCGCCGUAAAGCUGCUGAUGGCCUUUGCUCUGCGACACCUAGCAACGCUAGUGUAUAUUCCGACAGCGAUGAAACUGAAAUUCUGACUAGCUACGAGGUGCCCCUGGACCAUGAUUACGUUAGUGCCGAUGCUGUUGCGGAGGAGAAAAAGCAGGACGAGCAAUCCCAGAAUGAUAUGUCCACCCAGGACGUCCGCAACCAGCUUUGCCGGAAAAUGACUACCGAUGAUUUUGAGCCUCUGCUCUGCUUAGGCAAGGGAUCCUUUGGGACCGUUUUGCUGGUGCGCCAUGCUCUCACAGGAAAGCUUUACGCGCAGAAACAGUUCAAGAAAGCCUCGAUUACGGUUCACAAGAAACUCGUGGAACAAACGAAGACCGAGCGCGCGAUUCUGGAAAGCGUGAAUCGACACCCCUUCGUUGUAAAGCUCUUCUACGCCUUCCAGGACCACGAAAGACUUUACCUUGUCCUCGAGUACGCCCAAGGAGGAGAACUCUUCACCCACCUCGCGAUGGAACGCAUGUUUGACGAAGACGCUGCGGCCUUCUACAUGGCCGAGAUGGUCCUCGCGUUGGAGCACCUACAUCAGAACGUCGGCGUGAUCUACCGCGAUCUUAAGCCAGAAAACUGCCUCCUUGACCGCGAGGGGCACCUCCUUCUGACUGACUUCGGCCUCAGCAAAAUCGCCGUGGGCGACGACGACCGCUGCAACUCUUCCCUCGGCACAAUCGAAUACAUGGCCCCCGAAGUCAUUCAAGGCAAACCCUAUGGCAAAGCAUGCGACUGGUGGUCCCUCGGCGCUCUGGGAUACGACCUUCUCACCGGCUCGCCUCCCUUUAAGGCAAAUAACCACGCGAAGCUGCAAGAGAAGAUUCUCAAACAGAAACUCGUCCUACCCUAUUACCUCGGCCCAGACGCGAAGGAUCUUCUCACACGUCUCCUCCGCAAGGAGCCCUCCAAGCGCCUGGGCUACCACAUGCCCAAGGACUUGCAGACGAUUAAAUCCCACCGCUUCUUUCGCAAGAUCGAUUGGCGCGCUCUUGAGAGCCGUAGCCUGACGCCCCCUAUCGUCCCAGUCGUCACGGACCCUGCUUUAGCCGAGAAUUUCUCUACAGACUUCACUGCCCUCCCGUUGAGUCCGGUCGAGGGCCCCUCGUUCUUUAGCGAACAUUACGCCGCCCAGCAUCGGGGUAGCGGUGUCCGCAGCGACAGCCAUUCCGGCAUGAGCACUGGUAUGGGUGUUCCGACGAGUCACGACGGUGCUGAACAUGAUAGCAAUCCGUUCGGUGGAUUCAGCUUUGUUGCGCCGAGUAGUCUGCUUGAUCAUGCCGUUGGUGGAAGUGGGGCGAGUCCCAUGACUGCGGGCUAUUGACUGCAGGGCUUUUCAGAUUAUUGCUACCAUGUGCUGUCGGAAUCAAUAAUUCCGCUAUGUUUCUGCUGCUUUUGGUUGCUUUGGGACUUCGCGCUGUUGUGUUUCACUAGAUAUUUAUCUAUGGAUAGGCUAAGACAAUGUGGUAAAUAUCAGCUUACACUUAGACAAGAAUUACACGGUUCUACUCUUUC